AAAAGGAAAGGAACAGAGGAAUUGGAAAAAAAAAAAAAGUUUGGCUUGUCAUUUCAUUUACAUUAUUCUCAUAUUUCCCUUCUUCUUUUUUAAAUAUUUAUCUAAAUCCAUGAGGGUCUUUGAUAGAGUACCCAGUAGUUUUGUGAACAUGAUAAAUGUUGCCUUCACAGCCUAACAAAGAAUACUAUAAAUAACAGCGUAGUAUUAGAUGGCUCACCCAAUUAACAUAGAGAUGAGAUACCCACUUCAUAGAUUGAAAAACAAUUUGCAAAAACGAUGACUAUAUGGAGUAUGUGUGCAUGGGGAUGACUAAAUUUAAUGUUUCUCUUUAUUUCGGUCUACAGCAUAAAUAAAGAAAAUGUGGUACAGUCAUACAAUAAAGAAAGAGACUAGAAACUUUGGCUUUAAAAGUCUCCACUAUUUGUUUUGUUAUGAUUUAAAAUAAUCUUACCAUACGCAUGAUCGCCAAUUCUAUGAGACAUUUUUUAAAAGGUGUAUAUCAUAUGUUUGAUUAUAAUGUAAAUUGAUCUUGAUCUUGAUCUUGAUUUAUUUUUUUAUCAUUUUUUGUUGUAAUAAUAAAUUGGAGCCAACAUUUGAAUUGGACAUCACUAGAUGUGGGUUAUUUUAAUUAUUUUAAAGUGAUAUGAAAUUAAAAUAUAUGGAGCCAACAUUUGAAUUGGACCAAACAAAAUGGUUACCAAACCGAAAAAAAUUCAAUGAAAGAAAAAAUUAUUGUGUGACCAUUAUGUCAUGUAUUUUCAUUAUCACUAAUACUUUUGUUUUUAAGGGGUCAGCACUAUAUCACAGUGAUAUAUAUGGAGCCGAUGCAUGCUCUUGAUUUGAGUUUUGACUCAGACAGUGACGAUGAAAAUAUACAAUUUCUGGUGUGUGUAGCACUACAUGAGUAUUGUAAUACUUACCUUCAACCUAGACCAUGCCGAACGUCCAUAUUACAAGGACAUGACUACGUAUUAGAAAUAUUGAAUGGCCAUGAAAGAAGGUCCAAGGAAAAUUUCAGAAUGGAACCAGAUGUAUUUAUUAAUUUGUGCGAGGCACUUAAGGUAUAUGGUAAACUGGAACACUCACGUUAUCUGACUGUCCAAGAGCAAGUUUGUAUAUUUUUGCUAACAAUUGGUCACAACGAACGAAAUCGUGUUGUCCAAGAGCGAUUCCAACAUUCUGGCCAAACCAUCUCCAAAUACUUCAACCGAGUCUUGAAGGCAGUGUGUAGGCUUGGUAAACAAGUUAUAAGGCCUCCAGAUUUUGAUGAGGUGCCUGCAGAAAUUCGACAUAAUCCACGCUUCUAUCCUUUUUUUAAGGAUUGUGUUGGAGCAAUUGAUGGUACCCACAUAUCUGCAAGGGUGCCAGCAUCAGAGCAAAUACCAUAUCGGGGUAAGCAUACAGUUACAACACAAAAUGUAAUGUGUGUUUGCUCAUUUGAUAUGCGAUUUACGUAUGUAUUGGCCGGUUGGGAGGGCACUGCAAAUGAUUCAAGAGUGUUCAUUGAAACCGUACAUGAUCCAACAAAUUUAUUUCCAAUGCCACCAACAGAUAAAUACUAUGUUGUCGACUCGGGUUAUACAAAUAUGCCUGGCUUUUUAUCGCCAUACCGUGGUGAGAGGUACCAUCUAAAUGAGUUUCGUAAUCAACGUCGACAACCAAGAAACAAGAAGCAAAUGUUCAAUUACCGACACUCCUCACUGCGCAAUGUGAUUGAGAGAUGCUUCGGUGUCUUGAAGGCUCGUUUUCCAAUUUUGAGAGACAUGCCUCCGUAUUCAACUAAGACGCAGAGAUACAUCCACAUUGCAUGUUGUACAAUACACAACUGGAUAAGGACACAUUCUCAAAAUGACACAUUGUUCGCUGAAUGGGCCAAUCCAGAUCGUAUCGUUGAAGAUAAUGGGCCUAGUGGAGGUGAUAGUAGCAGCUCGACACAUGCAGGAAGUAGUUCUCAGCAACCAAUUGACUUAGACAUUAGUCAACCUCAAUUACGUCACAUGUCUGAUGUAAGGAAUCAAAUUGCUGGUCAAAUUUGGGAAUCUCUCGGAAACAAUUGAAAUAUUAUUUAUGCGUAUAAUAGAUUGUGGAAGAUGUUUUUUUUAUGGUUUGUGGAAGAAUUGAGAUGUUAUUAUUAUGGUUUGUAAGUUGUUAUGAACAUUAUGGUUUAUUAUGGUUAU